GGCUCAGCCCGCGGCACCGGGCACCGGCCUGCCCGCAACGGCACCGCGUGGGCGGCCGGGGCUCCGCGGGAGGAAUGCGGCGCUGGAGGAGGGAUGGAGGAAGGAUGGAGGAAGGAUGGAGGGGCGCUGGAGGAGGGAUGCUCCCGGCCCGGCCACGCUGCCCUCUCAGCCCGCGGUAUCCCCAGCGCGGCCCGGCCUUCCGGAGCUCCGGGGGCGGCGGGCCGGUCCCUCCCGGUGCUCGGGGCUGCGACAGCCGCUGCCACACGGGGCCAUGCGUGCCACAGGGAUUUGGGGACGGCUGCUGUCACGAUGCUGGGGCCAGCGCACACGGAGUGAGGCUGAGUCAGAGCCAGGAGGGCCAAACACGAAUUCGUGCACCUCUCAGCCUGCCUUUAAUGAAGGGAACAACCUGCCUGGUCUGUCCUGACCACUGAUCAGAGACACCCAGCCACAGGAGGAGCGAGGUCUGCGCUGGGAGAGGCUGUGCAGGAGAAAGAUUUCCAGCUGCUUUUGCCACUGUGGUCUCUAAAGCUCCUGUGUUACAGUGUUCCUGGCUCUGCCUCUUCUCCCCAAGAUGCUGGGAAGGGUCCUGUGCACGGUGCUGUUCGUGGGAGCCCUCCCACCCCCAGCUGCAGCGUCCCAGGGCCACAUCUCCGUGGUCUUGCUGGGAGCCACGGGUGAUUUGGCCAAGAAGUAUUUGUGGCAGGGACUGUUCCAGCUCUACAUGGACCAAGUGAGCAGUGGCCACAGCUUCACGUUCCACGGGGCUGCCCUGGCGGGGCUGGAGCCGGGGCAGAGGCUGAUGUUUGACGUGCUGAAGAAGCUGUCCUGUCCCCCCGACGAGGCUCCCAACCGCUGCGCCGUGCUCAAGGACCAGUUCCUGAAGCUGAGCCAGUACCACCAGCUGAAGACUGCCGAAAACUACACAGCCCUGAACAGAGAGAUCGAGACCCUGCUUGGCCAGGAGGGGCUGAGGGAGGCCGGGAGGAUCUUCUACUUCUCGGUGCCGCCGUUCGCCUACGCGGAGAUCGCGCAGCACAUCAACAGCAGCUGCCGGCCCCGCGCCGGCGCCUGGCUGCGCGUGGUGCUGGAGAAGCCCUUCGGCCACGACCUGGACUCGGCCCAGCAGCUGGCUGCACAGCUGGCAGGCUUCUUCAGGGAGGAGGAGAUGUACCGGGUGGACCAUUACCUGGGCAAGCAGGCUGUGGCCCAUAUCCUGCCUUUUCGGGAUCAGAACCGACAGUUUCUGGACCCCAUUUGGAACCGACACCACGUGGAAAGAGUGGAGGUUGUCUUGAAGGAGACUGUGGAUGCUAAAGGCCGCACCAGCUUCUACGAGCAGUACGGGGUGAUCCGGGACGUGCUGCAGAACCACCUCACCGAGGCCCUCAUGUUCCUCAUCAUGGAGCUCCCUGCCAACGUCAGCAGUGCCCAGGAGGUGGUGCAGCACAAGCUGCAGGCGUUGCAGUCCCUCUGGGGCCUGGAGAGGAGCAGUGCCGUGCUGGGGCAGUACCAGGCCUAUGACAGCCAGGUGCAGGAGGAGCUGCAGGAGGCGCGGGCCUCCGUCAGCACCACGCCAACCUUUGCAGGGGUGCUGGUGCGCAGCGGCAGCCUGCGCUGGGACGGGGUCCCGCUGCUGCUGGCCUCCGGGAAGGCCCUGGACGAGCGCGUGGGCUACGCCCGGCUCCUCUUCAAGAACAGGGCCUACUGCACCCAGAGCGGCGCCCUGAGGGACGCAGGGCACAGCCAGUGCAAACCCAAGCAGAUCGUCUUCUACUUCGGGCACGGCGCGCUCAACACGCCCGCGGUGCUGGUCAGCAGGAACCUCUUCCAGCCCGUCAUGCCCAAGGACAGCUGGAAGGAAGCAGAGGCUCGGUCAGACCUGCACAUCUUUGGACAGCCACUGUCUGAUUUCUACGUGUACAGCCCUGUGAAAGAGAGAGAUGCGUAUUCUGUCCUCAUCUCCAACAUCUACCAUGGCAGGAAGGAUUUCUUCAUCACCACGGAGACCCUGCUGGCCUCCUGGGCCUUCUGGACGCCUCUGCUGGACAGCACGUCCCGGCAGCCCCCGCGCCUGUACCCCGGGGGCGUGGAGAACCAGCACCUGCUGGACUUCGAGAUGGUGGGCGGGGGCCUGGCGUUCACCGUGGCGGAGCCGGCGCAGGUGCUGAGCCCCGGCGGGCAGACGCCAAGCGACUUCAGGGCGAUCCAGUCCAAGUUCCGGCAGAGCCCGCUGGUGGCGGCCUGGGCCGAGGAGCUGAUCUGGCAGCUGGCGGCCCACGUGGAGGAGGCGGCCGUGAGCAGCGUGGCGCGCUCGGGGCAGUUCCACCUGGCCGUGUCGGGCGGCUCCAGCCCCGCGGGGCUGUUCCAGCGCCUGGCCAGGCACCACCUGGGCUUCCCCUGGCAGCACACACACGUGUGGCAGGUGGACGAGCGCUGCGUGCCCCUGACCGACGGCGAGUCCAACUUCCUGGGCCUGCACAGGCACCUCCUGCAGCACGUCAGGCUGCCCUACUUCAACAUCCACCCCAUGCCCGUGCACCUCAACCGGCGCCUGUGCGUGGAGGAGGACGGCGGCGCCCGGCUCUACGCCGAGGACAUCGCGGCCCUGGUGCCCGACGCCAGCUUCGACCUGGUGCUGCUGGGGGUGGGCACGGACGGGCACACGGCCUCGCUCUUCCCCCGCUCCCAGAGCGGCCUGGAGGGGGCUCCCACCGUGGUGCUGACCGAGAGCCCUGUCAAGCCCCACCAGAGGAUGAGCCUCAGCCUGCCCCUCAUCAACAGGGCCAGGCGCGUGUUCGUGCUGGUUCUGGGCAAGGGCAAGCACGACAUCACGGCGCUGCUCAGCAGGGUGGGCCGCGAGCCCCACAGGUGGCCCAUCUCGGGGGUCAGCCCCAGCUCUGGCCAGCUGGUCUGGUACGUGGAUUAUGAGGCUCUGCUGGGGUGACGCCUGCCCCGUGUCCCUCCCCCCUUGUCUGCGUGGCCUUUGCAGCCUGGAUUUUCCCUCACGGUGUCCACUGAGCCUGCAGAGAGCUCAGUGCCCAGAGCUCAAGAGCAGCCAAGAGCCCAGAGCAGCAUUUCUGGCUCUGCUCUGGGUUCUGACUGAGACUUUGGACAAAUGACCUCACCUUGAAGUGCCUCAGUUUGUCUGUCAGGUCUUUGUGCUUAUUGGCAUGUAUCUACCUCAGAGGCACUACUUGUGACUUGUUCAAUCAACUGCCUGCCAAAUUCUUUUAAAUUUUAUAUAAUUCUCAGGCUAAAGGACAAUAACAACUCGUUCAUCCCGUGCCCUGCUCAGUGUGGCUGGGCCAGAGGUGUCUCAGUGGAAUGAUGGUGGUGUGCACGUGGAUGUGGGACCCUGUCCCUGCAGCCCGUCGUGCUGUGAGCCAGCCCUGGCUGUGGCUGGGCUCCCUGGGAUUCCCUGGGAGCAGGGACAUUCCCUGGAUUCUGGGGCAGGCAGGCCCUGAAUGCAGCUCUGCUCUGUGAGCUCCCUGCAGCGCUGCAGGGCCUGUGCAGGCUGCCCAGCAGCAAGGCUCAGCCUGGGGCACAAACUGGCUGCAUGCAGUGGGUGGUGGCACAGGGCAUGGGAAGGAGGACAAACUCCUUUUUGGGCUGUUCAGAUAACGGAGACAGGCUGAGGAGCGUGGCAGCUCACAGAGCUGUGUAAUUGCUGAGGGAAAAGCUUGGUGCUCAGAGGAACUGUUGGGUUUGGCUAGCAGAGAAAUCUUUUUUUUCUAAACAAAAAUGUCCGUGUUAACUUCAUUCCAGUUCUUUUGUGUUUGGUGUGAGGGAACAAGUUUUAAGGAAAAAGUGACCUUUGAGACAGUAACUAUAUUGUUAUGAAUUACAGAGACUAUUCCUGUCUUACUGUGGCAUUGGAGUUUUCUUAUUUUUGCACACUUGCUUGGUGAUAUGUGGCUGGCACCUCUUGAAAUAAACAGAGAGCUUUAUUUGCACUUUUAAGUAAGGGGGUUAUGAGGUUUUUCCCAGAGAGCUACUGUUCUUUGCAGCUGAAAAUAGGGUUUAUUUGUGAAGUCUCUAUCUAGUGGGGCACCCCAAAAUUUAUCCUAGAUGUUAUUAAAAUCCAUUUAAGGUUUUCACACGUUUGCCUUGGUGAUUGGAGCUAUCUGGGUUGUUUGGGGGAUUUUUCAAGAGUGUGUUUUUUGUCACACAGACAAUUCCUCUUAAACUGUUUAAUACUUAAUUACAUGAAAACCAAAUAUUUUUGAAUAUUUUUUGACUAGAAAGAGAGAGACACUGGAUGGGAAGAAGGGUUAAAUGAGCAACAAAUCCAAUGAGGAGGAAUGGUAGCAAUCCUCUGGGCUGUAGGCCAAGGAAGCAGGGCUAUUUUUAUUUUGUGAAAGUUAUUAAUAGAAGGUGUGCACCUUCUUGAGAGCUUGCAUUAACCUUUCUUUGCAAAGGCAGCUCCAUGGAGUAACUUCUUACAGUCUGUUUCUCCCAUAAGUGAUUAUUGAUACCAAUUUUUAUUAAUUUUUUUAAUGUCAAGUGCAUUCCUACAAUUCAAUGGUAUGAUUAUAUGUUUUGCAGAAAACUAACACUGGACAUAACUCAUUUUUCACUUCAACUUUUAUAAAUGAAAUUGUAAUUUUUCUCCAUGAGUAAAGUUUUAUGAUUAUUUUCAUGUUGUUUAAUGAAUGAAGAAUUAUAUUUAUAAAAAAUAAAUAGUUUUUAACAAGAA